AAGAGUGAACAACAUCUCAACGGCAGAGAAAACGGGAUACCUGUACCUGAGAGAAAGCACACAGAGAUACACACACAGAGAGAACGCACUGUGAGAAGCUUCGAUUCCUGGAUACGUAGACAAGGGAGAGGUGAUCUGCUACAGGACUGAAGGAGAGAAGAAGAGAAGAAGAUAAGGAGAGAAGGAGAAAAUUAGAGAAAAGGACUGAAUACAGGAGAGAAGAGGAGAGGGUGUGAGGGGUCAAAGAAUGUGAGAAAUAGUUACAACCAAGACGUGUGAGGGAGAUAUAAAAGGAAGAAGUUGGAGAUACUUAAGACCAAGAAAAAGAGGGAAAUAAUGAGGGAGGGAGUGAGAGUCUGAGAUUGUGAAAGACAAGAGCAAAAUAAAGAGACUGAGAAAGGAGUGAAAGAGUCACAGCUGAGAAGUGAGGGUCUGAGAGAAGAGUAAGGAAAGCGAUCAAGACGUCUGUGGAGUGAGUGACUGAAAACAAAGGCAAGUGAGAGAAAGAGGAGUGCCACCCUAAUCCUCAGUGGGACUCAGCCAGUAGUGUGGUGCGAUGGCGUCGUUUGCUCUGGAGCUGGUGGGGGUGAUCCUGUCAGUGCUGGGCUGGAUACUGAGCAUAGUGAGCUGUGCUCUGCCCAUGUGGAGGGUCACAGCUUUCAUCGGAGCCAACAUCGUCACAGCCCAGGUCUACUGGGAAGGGUUAUGGAUGAGCUGUGUGUUCCAGAGCACGGGACAGAUGCAGUGUAAGGUCUACGACUCCAUGCUGGCCUUGCCCCAGGACCUGCAGGCCGCCAGGGCUCUCACCGUGGUCACCAUCCUCCUGGGGGUCGUAGCUCUCCUCGUGGCUACCAUUGGGGCUAAGUGCACCAACUGCAUCGAGGAGGAGGGGGUGAAGGCCAAGGUGAUGGUGUCUGCCGGAGUGGCCUUUAUCCUGGCUUCGCUGACCCAGAUGGUGCCUGUGUCCUGGUCAGCUCACACCAUCAUCCAGGAGUUCUACAACCCCAUCAUCCCCUCAGCACAGAAGAUGGAGAUCGGGGCGGGCAUGUCAAUGGGCAUGGAGAUUGUGGGCAUCGCCCUGGGAGUCAUAGGAUUCAUCCUGGGCAUCGUGGUCUGUGCUUUGCCCAUGUGGAAGGUUACAGCCUUCAUCGGAGCCAACAUCAUUACAGCCCAGACCAUCUGGGAAGGGUUAUGGAUGAACUGUGUGACCCAGAGCACGGGACAGAUGCAGUGUAAGAUCUAUGACUCCAUGCUGGCCUUACCUCAGGACCUUCAGGCUGCCAGAGCCAUGACUGUCAUCGCCAUUGUCCUGGGGAUUCUAGGGGUGAUGGUCUCCAUCGUCGGAGCCAAGUGCACCAACUGCAUCGAUGACGAAUCCUCCAAAUCUAAAGUCAUGAUCAUCUCCGGAAUCUUCUUCAUCCUGGCCGGUAUCCUCGUCCUCAUCCCUGUCUCCUGGUCGGCCAACACCAUCAUCCGAGACUUCUACAACCCCAUUUUGGUCGAGGCCCAGAGGAGGGAGCUGGGAGCCUCACUCUACAUCGGCUGGGGGUCGGCGGCCCUGCUCCUUAUCGGAGGAGCCAUGCUGUGCUGCUCCUGCCCCCCCAAGGAGGAGAAGAGGUACAAGCCCCCCCGCAUGGCCUACUCCGCCCCUCGCAGCGUGAGUGGGGGUGCAGCGGGAUACGACAGGAAAGACUACGUCUGAGAGGGACUAUUUCACCUGCAUGAUUGAACGGAGGGGAGAAAAGAUAGAGGGUGAGAAGAAAGAAGAGUGAUAGAGGAGAAGUAGAUAGAUAGAUAGAUAGAUAGAUAGAUAGAUAGAUAGAUAGAUAGAUAGAUAGAUAGAUAGAUAGAUAGAUAGAUAGAUAGAUAGAUAGAUAGAUAGAUAGACAUCUGACAGGAAAAACUAGGAGACAACUCCUACUGAAAAGACUCCGAUAUGAAGAGAUGUGUGUUUUAAUGUUACUGCUUAGCUUUUCCUCCGCUUGGGUGUCUCUGUUCAGCGUCAUUGUUCAGCUUUAUAUAGGCUUGUGUGAAGUUUGGUAGAGGCUGUCACACCCAGAUGCUGUACAUACAAUCCCAAAGGGGUAGAUUGACUACUGGUAAUGACUGGUUUUAUAGAAUAGUUUCAAUUAUAGUUGUUAUUCAUUCAUUUCAAACUUCAGAUGAUAAACCAAAGCCCUUUUGUUUCAGUAAACCGUACAGUUGAAGGGUCUUGGUUUUCAAGUACUUGGGAGAAAUGCUUCAGUUACACAGCAUGGUGGCUCACUGCAGUAUGGAGGUCCCUAUUGCGUGUGUAGUUUACUGUUGGCGAGGUGGGAUUUGCUUCCACUGAAAUGUUCAGUUAAAAGGUUUCACUGUGUCUCAUUAACACAGACCAGGAAGGACCAGCACUGUUUUUACAUAGAUUAGGCAAUGAGUUUCAGUAUGUGUGUGUGUGUGUGUGUGUGUGUGCACAUGCGUGCGUGCGUCUUUUGCAUGUAUUUGGUUGUGAGAGAUUCUGCCUCAGGUAUCAUGAUAUCAUAGAUUCCUUCCUCUUCACAGUUCCACUCUAUUUAGGCCUUUCUGUGUGUGUGUGUGUGUGUGUGCGCGUUUGUGUGUGGUGAAAUAAUAUUUGCUUAGUAAAAAAAUAAAUACAAAUAAUGAAUAGCUUUUUAAUGCUGAAAAUGCUUUUUGUCAGAUUUUUGUCUUGUAAAUAGUAAGACAUGUGUAGUGUCAUUUGUAAAAGAAUGAGACUAUGUAUAGACUAAUUAUAGUUAGGAGAGUGAUGGUAAAGCAGGACCAUUGUCUGAGGUGACAUAUGGAGUCAGUCAGUCUCUUGUUUAACAAAGCAACUGUAAGAACUGUUUGGUGAGCAGGGAGUAGUACACCUGAAUGAUGUGUGUGUGUGUGUGUGUGUGUGUGUGUGUGUGUGUGUGUGUACAUAGAGGGUGAGAGACUACCUAAUAAAAGGCAUGUGUGUCUAAGGUCUUAAUUUUCAACUGCAGGCAAGCAGUCAGGUUUACCUACAAACGCCCAUAUAACCACAAUGGACAGCUUCUGUUGUUUAUUUGAAUUAAGUCAGCCAUUUUAAUUUUUUAAAAUGUAAAAUACAAUGCCUAGUUUCAAUACUUAUUGUUUGAUGGAAUGUGUAUCUUGUAAAUUGUCUUCAUAUACGUAUAUGUUAAGACAACAAUGCUUGAAUGGUCUGCUUCUCUCUGCAUAUUCAGCUGUCCUUUACUAUGCUUCAAUAAAUGUGAAAAUGUA